AUGAUACUUACUUCUUCCGCCGCAUACGAAGCACAGCGCCGAUUGAAGUGGUAUGAGCAACAUAAGGUCCGGACCACUACGCCGAGCCUAUCCGAGUCGUAUCGAAAAUAUCUCGAGGAAGAAGGAGCUUUCGCGUCACUACCCAAAACUACGACGGACGCCCUCCUACCCUUGUACAUUUCGACGUUGAAUGACCUCACUCCCAUCACGGAUGGCGCUGCCGUCUUCCGCGAUCACAACUUUGCAUCAAAGCUUCUAGCUGGACUAGAUGCUGCCAUAAAAGCAGACUUGGAACCUAAUCGCAUCGUCAAGAUUCAGAUCUUAGCACUGAUGCACCUGCACAACGACGGCCUAGCCGGCGUAGAUCGCGCGUCCAGUUACCUUUCGCAGGCCAUAUGCGAAGCAUGGUCAAUGUGCAUACACCUCAAGAUACCUGGCAACCCUGACAACGACGAAUGCAAGUAUCUAUGGUGGUCACUGCGGAACUUUGACCGCCUUGGUAAACCCAUCAUGGCAGCAGCACCCUUCUUCAUCGAUGAUGCAGAUAUUGGCGUUGAACGUAUAGAACCGAAGAGAGACGACUAUCGCUCUCAAAUCAUGGCUGUCUCUCUCGCUCUUGGAGACCUCAUGACGACCGCGACUAGAGCUUACAAAGCUGGCGCCACAACGGCGGUCGAUAGUUGCUGGGAGUUCCCAUCGCUAUCGGAAAUUGCGGGCGGGAGUAAUUUCGAUCAGUUCCACAUGUCGCAUCGAGGUAAGACACUUCCCGACUCGACUCUUCAUUCUACUUAA